UGAUUCUGUGGCAGAGUUGCUGAUGCUGCUGCUGCUGCUGCUGUGCUACAUUCAGUCAGCGAACGGCGAGGCAAACGGAUGGCGAUCUCAUCAGCAGCAACAGCCUCGUAUCUGCUCACGGCGCUCACCCACGACAGCCACAGUAACAGCCAGAGUCAUAGUCCCAGCGAUGGGAGUGGCAGUGGAGGGGCCGGCGACUCCGAGGACUCGCAGCCAGGCGGUAGCCGCAGGAGGCGGCCACCCAGGCAAAAGAUCAAUGCCAGAGAGCGAUACAGGACCUUCAAUGUUAAUGCCGCGUAUGAGGCUCUGCGCAGUAUGAUACCCACGGAGCCGAUGAACCGCAAGCUCUCGAAGAUCGAGAUCAUCCGCCUGGCCAGCAGCUACAUCACCCAUCUCAGCAGCACACUGCAGACAGGAACCGAUUUUCAGCCUUGUCUGCUGCAUAAAUACGAAAACGAUGGCGGUGGAGGUGGAAGUGGCGGUGGAGGCCACAGCAGACGCAUCAGCAUCUGCACUUUCUGUCUGAAAAGCAAGUGAACAAUGUAAAGUAAUCAGAUUAAGCUUAGAUUAUGUGCAAUUGCAAUGCAUUUCGCGGUAUUUAUUUAAAUUAAAACAGCCUUGGUGAAUUCUUUCAAAUUAACCGCCCAGUGGGAGCGACAUCUGUUGGAUUUCGGCUGUACUC